GUGCCUCUCGACUGGGCUGAUGAAACUGUGGGAACAACGAAAGUAGCAUUUGUGAAAUACACUUCACAGAAUGAAUCGGCGGAGGAUCUUGUUCUAAAUUUCGGGGGCCCGGGCGGCUCGGGUGUUGCGACACUGUUGAACAUCGCACCGUUGCUCACCGAAGUCUUUGGCCCGGAUGUCAACUUGAUUAGUUUCGAUCCUCGAGGCGUCAAUAAUACCGGACCUGCGCUCGACUGCUUCCCGAACGAUCCAGCGACGAAAGCCAUCUUCGAAUCCCAAUACUAUCGCAUCAUAGCAGAUACACCAGACAACAUGGCAACCCAGUUUUACUUGGCCGAGUCCUUCGGUCACUGGUGCAACUCGGCAAUAGGAGGUCCCAAUGGAACGGCAAAAUAUGUAAACACUCCGGCUGUGGCUCAUGACAUGCUUGCAUUCACCGAACUCGCGCAUGCCACAAGAGGCAAGCCAAAAGAAGAUGCGAAGCUGUGGUUCGCGGGGUUCAGCUACGGAGGUGUCCUCGGUACCACAUUUGCUGCUAUGUUUCCUGAACGCAUCGGCCGUUUCAUCCUUGAUGGGGUGGUAGAUGGCGAAGACUACUACGGGGGCUCCUGGAGCAAAAGCCUCAUUGACACAGACAAGGUGGUCGAUGGGUUGAUCUCCUCCUGUUUGGCCGCUGGGAGGGAGGCCUGUCCUCUUUAUGAGGACUCGUUUGAGGCUAUCGAAUACCGUCUCUCCAACAUUCUCACCAAGCUCAAGCGGCACCCGAUUCCUGUUUGGGACCCUGCGGUCGUUGACGCGCCUGCCCUAGCUACAUAUGCAGAUUGGAGCAACGUCCUACUCCUUGCUACUAACUUUCCUCUAGCAUCCUACCCAAAAAUCGUUCAGAUUCUCGUAGAUCUGGAACGGGGACGCGGCGAAUCGUUGAUAGCUUCUAAGAAGAUGGUUUUGGGUGCCCACUACAACGAAGAAGCCAGAUACAACUCGGUCCAGGGGUACACAAUGAUCGGGUGCGUCGAUGCUGGGGGUAGGCACAACGUCUCCUCUCUUGACGACUUUCGAGAUUAUGCAACUUUCUUGAAGACACAAAGCAAAUAUACCGGAGAGGCCUGGGCGGUUACGUCUGCCACUUGUCGUGCUCUGGAUGUGAUGCCACCAACAAGUGGGCAAUUUACUGGUCAACUACCGCCUUCGGCCAACAAAACCAGUGCGCCUAUUUUGUUUAUUGGCAAUAGAGCAGAUCCUGUUACGCCACUCGUCGGAGCACAAUGUAUUGACUGUAAUAAUAGCACCCGGAGAGCAUCUACAUUCUUCCCCGACUCUGGACUUGUUGAAAUAGAUGGCAUCGGUCACACCAGCCUGGGUGCACCGUCUGAAUGCGCGUUCAAGGAGAUGCGCAAGUAUCUUUCCGGGGCAUCUCCCCUUCCGCUUGUCAUUUGUACACCAGAUGAGGUUCCAUUUCAGAGCAAGCUUGAGGGUUUGGCACUAUUGACGGAGAUUUAG